UUGGUCGGAGUCGGGCCGCAGGAGCUAUCACAUGAAAACUAGCGCUUCUCUCUAGGCUCUGCUGUCAGAGGAAUAACGGGACUAGGGAACCGUUCCAAAUUUAAACUCUGGCCCGCCCCAAGCUACAAGAAACCAGCACUCCAACACCCCGUCCCAAUGCAGUAUACUUGCGAGCUAGUGGGGCUUGGCGUGGGUGGUUCGGCGAGUCUCCUCCACUCCCGGCCGGCCCUGCUGGAGUCCUGGGAGCCAGAACCAAACACGAAAAAUAGCCCGGCCCUCAACAGCAACCUUCACCUUCUGCACCACGCGUUCCCAAUGCGGCACCCAGCUGGCUCCCCCAGCACGCUGCCGGCCCCUAAAGACAAUGCCUCCCCACGCUGUAUCUCCGGCCAAGCCGCCUGCCAAAAACCAGUGCCUUCCCGAUCGGGCAGCUUAACGUCCCUCGCUUCCGUGUUCCGGUCCAGCCACGCAGCACACUUGCGGGCAGAUACGACGCCCAUAUUGCUCCCACAAAUGUGCUGCAUGCCGCCGUGCCCGCGCUGGUGCGGUUGUCCCCGGCAGCCCCCCGCAAGGAGGGCUACCAGCCGCGGAAGACCCGACGCGCUAGCAGAACGAUCGCCAGACGCGCCGCGCUAGCGGUAUUAGCUCAGAAAGUCUAACGGACGUGCAGCACUAGCGCGUUAAGUAGCAAGUGGCCGGGCAACUAG